CCUCCGCCCCCCGCAGGCGGAACGGCUGGUCUGACCCUCUGGUCCUGCAGGUGGGGAGCCCUCCGGCCGGCGCCUGCGGCCAUGAGCCCCCGCGCCGCGCGGCUCGCGGUCCUGGCCACCCUCCUGGCCACCGCCCUGGCUGAGGCCCCGCACCUGGUGCGCGUGGACGCGGCGCGCACGCUGCGGCCCCUGCGGCACUUCUGGAGGAGCACCGGCUUCUGUCCCCCACUGCCACAUGAGCAGGCUGCCCACUACGACCUCAGCUGGGACCAGCAGCUCAACCUUGCCUACGUGGGUGCUGUCCCUCAUGGUGGCAUCAAGCAAGUCCGGACACAUUGGCUGCUGGACCUCAUCACAGCCAGCAGUGGUUCCAGCCCAGGGCUGCCAGAUGCAUGGCUGUCCGCAGCACCUCCUCUCCUUCAGCAAGGGGUCGGCCGGACAGGGCCUGAGCUACAACUUCACCCACCUGGACGGGUAUCUGGACCUCCUCCAAGAGAACCAGCUGCUCCCCGGCUUUGAGCUGAUGGGAAGCCCUUCAGGACGCUUCAAUGACUUUGAGGACAAGCUGCAGGUGGUGAAGUGGAGGGACCUGGUCUCUCUCCUGGCCAGGAGAUACAUAGGUAGGUACGGACUAGCGCAGGUUUCUAAGUGGAACUUCGAGACAUGGAAUGAGCCAGACCACAAGGAUUUUGACAACGUGUCCAUGACCACUCAAGGCUUCCUGAACUACUAUGAUGCCUGCUCUGAGGGUCUGAGGGCUGCCAGCCCUGCCCUACGGCUGGGUGGCCCCGGCGACUCCUUCCACCCGCCCCCGCGGUCCCCGCUCUGCUGGAGCCUCCUGGGGCACUGUGCCAACGGCACCAACUUCUUCACUGGCGAGGUGGGCGUGCGUCUGGACUACAUCUCCCUGCACAAGAAGGGCAACGGCAGCUCCAUCGGCAUCCUGGAGCAGGAGGUGGCCACCGUGCAGCAGAUCCAGCAGCUCUUCCCCACGUUCAAGGACACCCCCAUCUACAACGACGAGGCAGACCCGCUGGUGGGCUGGUCACAGCCACAGCCGUGGAGGGCCGACGUGACCUACGCAGCCAUGGUGGUGAAGGUCAUCGCCCAGCACCAGAACCUGCUGGUGGCCAACGCCAGCUCCCCAGUCCACUAUGCUCUCCUGAGCAAUGACAACGCCUUCCUGAGCUACCACCCGCACCCCUUCUCCCAGCGCACGCUGACUGCCCGCUUCCAGGUGAACAACACCCGCCCCCCCCACGUGCAGCUGCUGCGCAAGCCAGUUCUCACAGCCAUGGGGCUGCUGGCCCUGCUGGAUGGAGAGCAGCUCUGGGCAGAGGUGUCCCGACACAGGGUGGUGCUGGACAGCAACCACACAGUGGGCGUCCUGGCCAGUGCCCACCACCCUAAGGGCCCCACUGACGCCUGGCGUGCCACCAUGCUGGUCUACGCAAGCGAUGACACCCGCGCCCACCCCAACCGCAGCAUCCGCAUGACACUGCGCUUGUACGGGGUUCCUCCCCGCCCAGGGCUCCUCUACGUCACAUACCACGUGGACAACCGUCUCUGCAGCCCCCACAGCGAGUGGCAGCGCAUGGGCCGGCCCGUCUUCCCCUCCGCGGAGCAGUUCCGCCGCAUGCGCUUAGCUGAGGACCCUGUGGUUGCAGAGCCGCGCCCCUUCCCGGUCGGCGGCAGCCUGACACUGCAUCCUGAGCUUGCGCUGCCUUCGCUCCUUCUGGUGCACGUGUGUGCGCGCCCCGAGAAGCCUCCUGGCCAGGUCACCCGCCUCCGUGUCCUGCCCUUGACCCGAGGGCAGCUGGCUCUGGUCUGGUCGGAUGAGCGCGUGGGCUCCAAGUGCCUGUGGACUUAUGAGAUCCAGUUCUCCCUGGAUGGUGAGGUGUACACCCCAGUCAGCAGGAGGCCAUCCACUUUUAACCUCUUUGUGUUCAGCCCAGAGACAGCUGUUGUUUCUGGCUCCUACCGCGUGCGAGCACUGGACUACUGGGCCCGGCCGGGCCCCUUCUCCGACCCCGUACCAUACCUGGAGGUCCCUGCCUCAUGAGGGACCCAUGAGCCUGGUGAACUGCUGGCUGGUCAUAGGGUGCCAGCUCCUUUUGUCUCCCACCUCACAGUUUAAAGAGCCUUUCUACCUCACA